AUGACGAGGCUGUGGCAGCUGAUGCUCGUGUGCUGGGCAUGGUCUCCUCUGUGUCUCUCAUCCAAAGUGAGUUUCAUCGGUUCACCUCAAGAGUGUAAGACGGCUCGCUUUGUCCCUGGUUACAACCUGGGUGGAGAAGGCUUCGACAUCGUCACAAUGAAGAGAAAAGGUGCCUACGUCAUCGACACUGAAACAUGGGACCUUGGAAACAACACUUGCAAGAUGUACAGAAACAGGUACAUGAAGGGUGAGAAGCAGAAGGUCCCGGCUGCCGUGGUGGACUGGAGAGCCCUGCCCAAAUGCAGCUUGAAGGUUUCCAGUACGUCCUACGAUUCGGUCGAAAGUCUCGUCAACGCUUCCACAUCGUCUGUGUCCAACAACUGGAAACUUGGUCUUGAUAUCCCUGUUGACCCUUCAGUCACUGUUGGGGUUGGUUUUGGAGGUUCACAUUCCAGGGUAUCUGAAUUUGGGAUGAAGAAGUCUAAACAAGACCGCUACGACUUUGUUCACCAUUCGGUUGACUGUAACGUCUACAGAUACAGACUGACCACAAACCCUCCCUUGAGUCAGGAUUUUGUUUCAGCUGUGAACUCUCUUCCUCCAUAUUCUUCUAUCUCUGAGAUAUCAUAUCGUAAUAUCAUUGAUACCUAUGGUACACACUACAUCAGGCAGGUGUUUCUUGGAGGGGAAAUUAAAGCCAUCACAUCAUUCAGGACCUGCAAGACAACAAUGAGUGGACUGACAGCAACAGAAGUUAGUGAUUGUUUGUCAGUUGAAGCCUCAGUUAACUUUGUAUGGACUGACAGCAUUAAAGCCAUGUUCCAACACUGUCAGGCACUGAAGAAGAAUUUGACUUCGGGACAGAGUUUCAGCUCUACAUUCACUGAGCGUUUCACAGAAGUCAUUGGUGGGGAUCAGAGUGAUCUUGUGUUAUUCCUUGGGGGUUCAGAUCCUAGUAUCUACAACAACUGGAUAGCUUCUUUGAAAACUACACCUGAUGUUGUCCAAUACAGCUUAAAACCCCUCCAUACCAUCUUACCAAACAAUCAUAAAGCCUGGAAAGGACUGAAGAAAGAGGUGGAGAAGUACAUCAAGAACAAUGCAGUGCUGAAAAAAUGUUCAGAGUCCUGUCCGAUUGGACACAGAUCCAGUGGAAGAGAUCCCUGUGCUUGUGUCUGCAACGGUAACCAGAUGAUCAGGUCAAACUGCUGUCCUGCUGGCAGAGGUCUUGCAACAUUAAAGGUGUAUGGACUUUAUGCAGAGAAACUAUUUGGUGAUGUGAGCUCCCAGACAGAUGGGUUUGUUCAGGUUAAUUAUGAGAAUCAGGUAAAGCGCACUGCCAUCAUACCAAAUGACAACAAUCCUAGCUGGUCAGAGGUAUUUGAAUUCGGACCCAUUGUCAUCAACAUGGUGAACAAGCUGAUUUUCACUGUUUAUGAUGACGAUAACUAUUUUCAGACUGAUCUGCUGGGUAUGUGUUCUUUUGGUCUUCAAAGUGGACUGGUGUCCAACACCUGCAUGUUUGACCACGGUACCUUUUUCUUUACCUACAAAGUUGAGUGUGCACCAGGUCUUGGUGGUAGCAGGUGUGAUGAAUACGUUCCCUCUCCAAUGAGUCCCUCCUUGGCUGAGGUCUUCCACACCAGAAAUGGGGUUUUGGCUGCAGAGUUGAAGAAGAUAUGAUUUAAAUCUGAUUCUGAGUUUUUAUUAAUUUCAUAGCUUGUUUUUAUUGACCUUUUCACUGAAAAAUAAUUACAAAUAAUUACAUCUCAGAUCUGAUCAGAUGUGUGUUUUUUUUGUUGUUUUUUUUUUAUAUUUUCCUCCGCAUUAUUUCCCCAUUUCUUAUCACCCAGUGCUCCUACCUAAGCCAGUCCUGGGCAUUGCUCCCUCUACCAACCCCGGAGGGGGCCCUGCACUGAGCUCAGGUCUCCUCCUUAACCUGAGGAGUGAGCAGGCCGCUUCUUUUCACCAGACAGGUUGGGGCUUUUCUGGCUGGAAUAACGUGAUCCUUCCACGCGCUACAUCCUCCCCACCCCAUCUGGCACCCUCAGGUGGCCAGAGGGGGCAUUGUAUAGCCCAGGACUGCUGCAUGUUUUUGUGAGGGUAGCUCACGCCAACCCC